AUGCUCGUGCCUUUCCUGAACCGCGGCAUCUUGUCGCUGGCGGCUGUGUCGCUUCUUGCAUCUCAUGUUACGGCUGAAGUCUUUGAGCAGCUGGUUGCUGUCCCUGAGGGAUGGCACUACUCUCGUACACCCAAGGCCAGCCAGGCUAUGAAGUUGCAAGUAGCACUCGCACAGGGGGAUGUUCCUGGAUUCGAGCAGGCCUUGAUGGACAUGUCGACCCCCGAUCACCCGGAUUACGGCAAGCACUUCCGGACUCACGAAGAGAUGAAACGUAUGCUGCAGCCCAGUGCUGCCUCGGUCAACGCUGUGCAGACGUGGUUGGAAGAUGCUGGCAUCACAAAUAUUGAACGGGAUGCGGACUGGCUGAAGUUUCAAACAACCGUCGAAACAGCCAACAAACUGCUAGACGCCAAUUUCCAGUACUAUAUCAGCAAUGAGGAGCAUGUUGAGCGACUUCGGACUUUGCAGUACUCGAUUCCUGACUCUUUGGUCUCUCAUGUCAACUUGGUUACCCCAACUACUCGGUUCGGUCAUAUUCACCCAAACCGCGCCACUAUUCGCGAGAAGAAGACAGAAGUCGAUGAAAUAUUCCGCGCUGCUGUUCAAGUUGCCAGUGCCGACUGCAACAGCGCUAUCACUCCGCAAUGCUUGAAGGAUCUCUAUUCGAUUGGUGACUACCAGGCCCGGGAUGAUAAUGGUAACAAGGUUGCUUUCGCCAGUUACUUGGAACAGUAUGCUCGAUACGAGGAUCUCGAAUUGUUCGAAGAGAACAUUGCUCCAUAUGCCCAGGGCCAGAACUUCACUGUCAUUCAGUAUAAUGGCGGCGGCAACGACCAGUCCUCUUCCAAGGACAGCAGCGAAGCCAACCUGGAUCUCCAGUACAUCGUCGGUGUGAGCUCGCCCGUCCCUGUCACUGAGUUCAGCACCGGCGGACGCGCCCCUCUUGUCCCCGACCUUGAUCAGCCAGACCCUAAUGACGACAACAACGAGCCAUACCUGGAAUUCCUCCAGAACGUACUCAAACUUAGCGACGAGGAAAUGCCACAGGUUAUCUCCAACUCCUACGGCGAAGAUGAGCAAAGCGUACCAGAGAAGUACGCAAAGACCGUCUGCAACUUGUACUCCCAACUCGGCAGCCGUGGUGUGUCCGUAAUCUUCUCAUCAGGAGACUCUGGCGUUGGCGCAGCGUGUGAAACGAAUGACGGCAAAAACCAAACCCAUUUCCCACCCCAAUUCCCAGCAGCCUGUCCCUGGGUAACAUCAGUCGGCGCAACAACACACACCUCUCCCGAGAAAGCCGUCUACUUUUCCUCUGGUGGAUUCUCCGAUCUCUGGGAUCGACCAUCAUGGCAAGACGACGCUGUCCGAUCGUACCUGACCAAACUGGGUAACAAAUGGGAAGGUCUCUUCAAUCCAAAUGGCCGUGCAUUCCCCGAUGUCGCCGCCCAAGGUGAGAACUACGCUAUCUAUGAGAAGGGCUCUCUCAGCUCUGUAGAUGGUACAUCUUGCGCUGCACCUACCUUCGCAGGUGUUAUUGCUCUCCUGAAUGAUGCUCGUAUCCAGACUGGUAAAGCGCCUAUGGGAUUCCUUAACCCGUGGUUAUACUCCGACGGCCGCACCGCAUUGAAUGAUAUCACCACUGGUGGAAGUACCGGCUGUGAUGGGAACGGUCGCUUUAGUGGGCCUACUAAUGGUGGUCCUGUCGUUCCUUAUGCGAGCUGGAAUGCGACUCAGGGCUGGGAUCCUGUUACUGGGCUUGGAACGCCGGACUUUGCAAAGAUGCGGACGGCUGCUAAGGCGGAAUAG